UCAGCGGAGUUUGCUGGAACACCUGGAUGUGUAGUACAUGUGUUUGUGCAUGAGAACCACUAUUUUAAGUAGGCGUUAGGAGUCUAGAUGAAAUGUUACAAUGGAUUUUCUGAAGAGAGUUGUUCCUGCUGUCAUGCAUGGAGAUGGGGUACUUGAUUCUGGCAGCAGUGUUCGGGACAGUUCACCUAGGCUAUUGAAGAUGAGACGUGUCAGUUUAUUUUUUUUGGGACAGACCAUUGAUGAGGAUGAAACGGAGCAUUCAUUUCCUAGGGCCUGUCCCAGUGAGCAGCAUCUUUCAGCCUCAGCACCAUUUAGCAGUGUGAGUAGACAUCGUGUUCCUCCUGGUAACCAUUUCACCUCAGAAAAGAAAAACAUCACCAUGUCAGACAUUACCAUUGAUCCAGACACCAAACCUGGUGAAUAUGUUGUCAAAAGCCUUUUUGCUGAGUUUGCGAUUCAAGCUGAGAAAAAAAUUGAAGUUGUCAUGGCUGAGCCAUUGGAAAAACUGUUGUCCAGAUCUCUGCAAAGAGGUGAAGAUCCACAGUUUGAUCAGCUGAUAAGCUCUAUGAGCUCAGUAGCAGAGCACUGUCUCCCCUCUUUAAUACGCACCUUGUUUGACUGGUACAAACGCCAAAAUGGGACAGAGGAGGAAUCUGUAGAAUAUAGGCCUCGAGCCAGCACGAAAUCAAAGGGAGAUGAACAGCAGCGGGAAAGAGAUUACCUUCUUGAGAGAAGAGACUUAGCUGUAGAUUUCAUUUUUUGUUUAGUUUUAGUAGAAAUUUUAAAACAGAUCCCUCUUCAUCCAGUGCCAGAUCCUUUAGUAACAGAAGUUCUAAAUUUGGCUUUUAAGCACUUUAAACACAAAGAAGGGUAUUCAGGAACCAACACAGGGAACGUGCACAUUAUUGCAGAUUUGUAUGCAGAAGUAAUAGGUGUUCUUGCACAGUCAAAGUUUCAGGCUGUCCGGAAAAAGUUCAUGACAGAAUUAAAGGAACUGCGACACAAAGAACAGAGUCCUCAUGUGGUACAAAGCGUCAUAAGCUUAAUCAUGGGAAUGAAAUUCUUCCGGGUCAAAAUGUACCCUCUUGAGGACUUUGAAGCUUCAUUUCAGUUUAUGCAGGAAUGUGCCCAGUACUUUUUAGAAGUCAAAGAUAAAGAUAUAAAACAUGCACUUGCGGGUCUCUUUGUGGAAAUCCUCAUCCCUGUGGCUGCUGCUGUUAAAAAUGAAGUUAAUGUGCCAUGUUUGAAGAAUUUCGUGGAAAUGCUCUAUCAAACCACCUUUGAACUGUGCUCCAGAAAAAAACACUCACUGGCCCUUUAUCCACUUGUCACCUGUCUGCUGUGUGUCAGUCAGAAACAGUUCUUCCUGAACAAUUGGCAUAUAUUUCUUCAGAAUUGUUUGUCUCAUUUAAAGAACAAGGACCCUAAAAUGUCAAGAGUUGCACUGGAAUCCCUGUAUAGAUUACUAUGGGUGUAUGUUAUACGAAUAAAAUGUGAAAGCAACACUGUAACACAAAGUCGCCUCAUGAACAUUGUAUCAGCACUUUUUCCUAAAGGUUCCCGCAGUGUGGUUCCUAGAGACACACCCCUCAAUAUAUUUGUUAAGAUUAUCCAGUUCAUUGCUCAGGAACGUCUGGAUUUUGCAAUGAAAGAAAUUGUAUUUGAUUUGCUUAGUGUUGGAAAGUCCUCAAAAACAUUUACAGUCAACCCAGAGAGGAUGAAUAUUGGUUUGAGAGUCUUCCUGGUGAUAGCAGACAGUUUACAGCAGAAAGAUGGUGAACCUCCAAUGCCAACAACAGGAGUUGUUUUACCCUCAGGGAAUACAUUGCGUGUGAAGAAGAUAUUUCUCAACAAAACAUUGACAGAUGAGGAAGCAAAAGUUAUUGGUAUGUCUGUUUAUUAUCCUCAAGUAAGGAAGGCUCUUGACAAUAUUUUGCGAGUUUUGGACAAGGAGGUUGGAAGGCCUAUGUGCAUGACCAGUGUACAGAUGUCUAACAAAGAACCUGAAGAUAUGAUAACAGGAGAAAGGAAACCUAAGAUUGAUUUAUUCAGGACAUGUGUGGCUGCUAUUCCAAGACUGAUUCCAGAUGGCAUGAGCAGGGCAGAUCUGAUUGAGUUAUUAGCAAGGCUUACUAUCCACAUGGAUGAAGAAUUGCGUGGACUUGCUUUCACAACACUACAAGCACUGAUGUUAGAUUUUCCAGACUGGCGAGAAGAUGUACUUUCAGGUUUUGUUUACUUCAUUGUGCGGGAAGUAACAGAUGUACAUCCGACAUUGCUGGAUAAUGCUCUGAAGAUGCUAGUUCAGCUGAUAAAUCAAUGGAAACAAGCUGUUCAGCUAUACAACAAGUGCCAUGAAUAUCAGCGUGGAGUUACAAAUGGUGCUGCUCAUACCCUUCCACUUGAGAGGAGUCCUUACUCGAAUGUUUUUCAUGUGGUUGAAGGUUUUGCAUUGGUUAUACUUUGUAGUUGCCGGCCUGCUACAAGGAAACUUGCUGUCAACGUUCUUAGAGAAAUACGAGCUUUGUUCACUGUUUUAGGCAUUUCAAAGGGUGAUGAAGAAAUAGCAAUAGAUGUUAUGGACAGAGUAAGCUCAUCCAUUCUUGAGAGCUUCAUACAUCUUACUGGAACAGAUCAGACCACUUUGCUGUACUGUCCAAGUGCAAUAGAUUUACAGACACUAGCUGAGUGGACGUCAUCUCCCAUUAGUCAUCAGUUUGAUGUUGUUAGCCCUUCUCAUAUCUGGAUCUUUGCACAUGUAACACAGGGUCAGGACCCUUGGGUUAUUAGCUUGUCUAGUUUCCUGAAACAGGAGGUCCUCCCCAAGCAUUGUCCUACAGCAGUGAACUAUGCAUGGAUGUUUGCUAAUACACGGCUGCAGUCUUUAUCACCACAGAUUGAUGUAAAUAGUCCCAUCAAUGCAAAGAAGGUGAACACCAUCACAAGCAGCGAUUCAUAUACUGGACUCUGGAGAAACUAUUUAAUUCUUUGCUGCAGCGCAGCAAGUUCUAGCUCAUCUUCAGCAUCUGCAGGGUCUGUUCGUUGUUCCCCUCCUGAGACGCUGGCGUCUACACCUGACAGUGGAUGUAGUAUUGAUUCUAAAAUUAUUGGUAUUCCAUCCCCAUCUUCUUUAUUCAAGCACAUAGUACCAUUGAUGCGCUCUGAGAGCAUGGAAGUUACUGAAUCCCUUGUCCUGGGGCUUGGCAGGACCAACCCUGUUGCCUUUAGAGAGCUAAUAGAAGAAUUGCAUCCUAUAAUUAAAGAAGCACUUGAAAGAAGACCUGAGAAUAUGAAACGGCGCAGGCGCCGAGAUGUUUUGCGAGUUCAACUAGUGAGAAUAUUUGAGCUUCUUGCAGAUGCUGGUGUCGUUAGUCACAGUGGAAGUGGAGGCCUUGAUAAUGAAACACAUUCUCUUAAUAACACUUUGUUGGAGUAUGUCGAUCUCACCAGACAGCUUCUUGAAGCUGAAAAUGAUAAGGACUCUGACACCUUGAGGGAUAUCCGAUGCCAUUUCAGUGCCUUGGUAGCAAAUAUCAUACAGAAUGUUCCUGUUCACCAGCGGAGAACCAUAUUUCCCCAGCAAAGCCUCCGCCACAGUCUCUUCAUGUUAUUCAGUCACUGGGCUGGCCCCUUCAGUAUUAUGUUCACUCCUCUAGACAGAUACAGUGAUAGGAAUAUGCAGAUCAACCGACACCAGUACUGUGCUUUAAAGGCUAUGUCUGCUGUACUGUGUUGUGGUCCAGUUGCUGAUAAUGUUGGCCUUUCAUCAGAUGGCUACCUAUACAAAUGGCUAGAUAACAUUUUGGAUUCUCUGGAUAGAAAGGUUCAUCAGUUAGGCUGUGAGGCAGUAAUGCUACUGUUAGAACUUAAUCCUGACCAGAGCAACCUCUUAUACUGGGCUGUGGACCGUUGCUAUACAGGUUCCAAAAGAGUGGCUGCUGGAUGCUUUAAAGCUAUAGCUAACGUGUUUCAGAACAGGGAUUAUCAGUGUGACACUGUGACCCUUCUAAAUCUGAUACUUUUCAAAGCAGCUGAUUCUUCGAGAGAUGUCUAUGAAGUUGCCAUGCAGCUUCUGCAGAUCCUUGAACCUAAGCUGUUUCGUUAUGCCCAAAAGCUAGAGGUGCAUAGAACUGAUGGGGUGUUGAGUCAGCCAUCUCCUCUUCCACACCUGUAUUCAUUGUCUUACUACCAACUGUCUGAAGAGCUAGCAAGAAUAUAUCCUGAACUAACUCUUCCAAUAUUCUCAGAGGUGAGCCAGAGAAUUCAGACCACACACCCUGCAGGUCAACAAGUGAUGUUGCGUUAUUUGCUGCCAUGGAUGAAUAACAUUGAACUGGUGGACCAGAAACCACUACCAGCCAUGAGGCGGUCAGAGGAGGAAGAUAACAUGAAGGAUGGAGAUGGAGAUAUCAUGGUAAACUGUAGGCGAUGGCUGAAAGGAGAAGGUUGGGGAUCUCCACAAGCUACUGCCUUAGUUCUGAACAACUUAAUGUAUAUGACAGCCAAGUAUGGUGACGAGCUGGCUUGGUCAGAAAUAGAAAAUGUCUGGACUACACUAGCCGACAGCUGGCCAAAGAAUCUAAAAAUAAUUUUGCACUUUCUGAUCAGCAUUUGUGGUGUGAACAGUGAUCCCAGUCUUUUGCCUUAUGUGAAGAAGGUGGUUGUAUACUUGGGCAGAGAUAAAACCAUGCAGUUAUUAGAGGAGUUGGUGAAUGAACUGCAGCUUACUGAUCCAGUCAGCUCUGGUGUCACUCAUAUGGACAACCCUCCUUAUUACCGCAUUAUUUCCAGUUACAAAAUACCUUCUGUCACCUCAGGUACUACUUCUAGUAGCAAUACAAUGGUGGCUGGAACUGAUGGCCUGCAUGAUGGUAAAUGUAAAGACCACAAUGUCGAGGAUAGUUAUGCACAUCUGGAAAUCUAUAGCGGAUUGAACAGUAGCACGAACCGCCAACACCACAGAUUAGAAUCUCGUUACAGUAGCAGCUCUGGCGGAUCCUAUGAAGAAGAGAAAAGUGACUCAAUGCCUUUGUAUGCAAACUGGAGAUUAAAAGUGAUGGAGCAUAAUCAUGCAGAACCAUUGCCUUUACCUCCCUCAGGAGGAUGCUGGUCACCGUUGGUGGAUUACUUGCCUGAAACAGCAUCUCCCGGAGUCUCACUACACAGGUGUAAUAUAGCAGUGAUCCUUUUGACUGACCUGAUAACUGACCACAGUGUGAAGGUGGAAUGGGAUUGUUAUUUGCAUCUGCUGCUGCAUGCAGUUUUCUUGGGGUUUGAUCAUCACCAUCCUGAAGUAUACGAGCACUGCAAGCGAUUGCUUCUGCACUUGCUGAUUGUGAUGGGAUCCAACAACAAUGUCCAGGCUACUGCAUCUGUUCUCCUUAGAAAUCGAGAGUUCAAUGAGUCCAGGGUGUUGACUGUCAAAUGUUCUUCUCCGUUAGAGUAUAACUUCACAGGUAUAAGUGAUUUUGUAUCUGAUUACCAGCCAUCCCCAGUGUCAGACUCAGGACUAAGUUCAAGUUCUACCUCUUCAAGCAUCAGCUUAGGAAACACCAGCACUGCUAUGUCUCAUCUUGCUACCACCAUUUUAAAUGAUGUGGAUUCUUCAGCAGAGCAGGAUGAGAAAGUAAAGUUGCUUAUUGAAUUCAUCACAUCACGGAAAAGGGGACCACUUUGGAACCAUGAGGAUGUCUCUGCAAAAAAUUCAGGCAUCAAGAGUGCUGAACAGUUAACUGCAUUUCUAAAACAUGUGGUUUCUGUGUUCAAGUUAUCUAAAUCAGGGUUUCAUUUGGAACAGAACCUGAGUGAUGUGGCUUUGCAGACUGCACUUUCUUGCUCUUCCAGACAUUAUGCUGGAAGGUCCUUCCAGAUCUUCAGAGCCCUAAAGCAGCCGCUCACUGCUAUCACCCUCUCUGAUGUGUUGUCUAGGCUUGUUGAGACUGUUGGAGAUGCUGGUGAAGAGGCUCAGGGCUAUGUCAUAGAGUUGCUUCUGACACUGGAGUCUGCUAUUGAUACCCUGUCAGAAACCACAAAGCACUGUGAUUUUCUUAGUGCACUUUCUCAAUCUCCAUACCAGAAUCCUGUUAUGGGAAAUAAGUAUGCAGCUAACAGAAAAAGCACUGGGCAGUUAAAUUUAAGCACAAGUCCCAUUUGCAGUGGAAGUUUUUUGGUGAACUACAGCCAUGUACGAAGUAACUCCUUACGGGGUAGUUUGAUGGGUGACCGACGGGACCGUCCUCGGAGCAACACGCUGGAUAUUAUGGAAGGAAGAAUAAACUAUGGCAGCUUAGCAAGGACUAGAAGCCUCUCCUGUCUGAGAGAAGGAGGAGGCUAUGAUGUGCAGCCCACUACUGAUCCUAGCAAUCUGAUGGCCACUAUUUUUUGGAUUGCUGCAUCAUUGCUAGAAUCUGAUUAUGAAUAUGAAUACCUCCUGGCUCUCAGACUGCUGAACAAGCUGCUUUCUCACUUGCCUCUUGAUAAGUCAGAGAGUCGAGAGAAGAUUGAAAAAGUUCAAACCAAACUUAAAUGGACUAACUUCCCAGGACUUCAGCAUCUUUUCCUUAAGGGCUUUACCUCACCUGCUACUCAGGAAAUGACUGUUCAUCUCCUCAGCAAGCUUAUCACUGUCUCUAGAAAUGCACUGGUGGAUCCAUCUCAAGCUUCAGGUUUUCCACUAAACAUUCUUUGCCUCCUGCCACAUUUAAUCCAACAUUUUGAAAACCCCACACAGUUUUGUAAAGAAACUGCAGACAAAAUAGCUAAGGUUUGUGCACAAGAAAAAUCUGCAACCCUGUCCAACCUGGCUCAUAUGAUGAGUUUAUAUAGUACACACAGCUAUUCUCGAGAUUGCUGUAACUGGAUCAGUGUAGUAUGCAGAUACCUUCAUGAUUCAUUCUCGGAGACUACCUUUAAUCUUGUUACUUAUCUUGCAGAGCUAUUGGAAAAGGGUCUGUCAAGUAUGCAGCAGUCAUUGUUGCAAAUCAUUCAUAGUCUCCUGAGUCACAUUGACCUGUCUACUACACCAGCAAAACAAUUCAAUCUGGAGAUCAUGAAAAUUAUCGCAAAAUUCAUACAGAGCCCAUACUGGAAGGAGGCAAUUAACAUUUUGAAGCUGGUGGUGUCCCGAACUGCAAGUCUUGCUGUGCCCAAUGACAUUUCCAGGUCUUACAGUGGAGACUCUUCAGGCUCCCCUGAAAUAUCGUUUACAAAAAUAUUCAACAAUUCCUCUAAGGAGUUGCCCGGAAAGACUCUUGAUUUCCAUUUUGACAUUUCAGAGACACCAAUUAUUGGGCACAAGUAUGGUGAUCAGCAUAGUGCUGCUGGGAGAGAUGGAAAACCUAAAGUCAUAGCUGUCACUCGGAGCACCUCUUCUACCUCUUCGGGAUCCAACUCUAAUGCUCUAGUGCCUGUUAGCUGGAAAAGGCCACAGUUAUCACAGAGAAGAACAAGGGAGAAAUUAAUGAAUGUGCUUUCACUCUGUGGUCCAGAAGCUGGUCUUCCAAAGAAUCCAUCAGUGGUGUUUUCAUCUAAUGAAGAGUUAGAUGGUGGAGAUCAGCAGAUCAGUCUGAUUUCCACAACAGAUGAAGCAAUCCAAGAAGAAGAAGUUGUAGUGGAAGACACCAGCAGUGAACAGCAAUUUGGAGUUUUCAAAGACUUUGACUUCCUAGAUGUGGAGUUGGAAGAUGCUGAGGGUGAAAGUAUGGAUAACUUCAACUGGGGAGUGCGCAGACGUUCUCUCGACAGUAUUGAUAAAGGAGAUACACCAUCUUUGCAAGAGUGCCAGUAUUCUGGGAGCACGCCAAGUUUGAAUUUAACCAGUCAUGAAGAUACUGAUGAGUCAUCAGAGGAAGAGGCUUUAACAGUUAGUCAGAUCCUGUCUCGAUCACAGAUGAUUAACAGUGACUCUUUCGCUGAUGAUGCAGUUCCAAAUCAUGAGGAUUUGCUUGUGCAGUCCCAGGACUCCUGUAGCAGUACAGGACUAACAGAGGAGGCAUCAGCAUCCCGCCCUGAGAACCAAAGUUUAGAGCAUUCUCCUCCAAAUAGUGUUAACAGUCAGCUGCCUGAGGAUGGCAACACAGCUGCUAAAGAUGACCAGAGCAGUGUUAGUGAAGACAUGGGGUCCUACGUUGGUCAAGAAUUCCAUGAGCUUCAGGAGAGACAGGAGCACGCAUAUAAUGAUGAUUUCCAUGAACUUCAGGAAACCACUGCACUUGAGAGUUCUCCAGAGUCUAUUUGUGAAGAGGAUGUUACACUUGCUUUGAAAGAGCUAGAUGAAAGAUGUGAAGAGGAAGAAGCUGAUUUCUCAGAUUUAUCAAGUCAAGAAGAGGGAGAGCAGGAUGGCUUUCGAGAAGUACAGACAUCACCCCCUCCUUCACCUUUCCUUUCUGCAAUUUUGGAAGCAUUCCAGCCAGUGGCAUAUGAGGAUGAAGAAGAAACAUGGCGCUGCCAUGUCAGUCAGAUGCUGUCUGACACAGACGGAUCUUGUGCUGUCAAUACUUUUCAUGUAUUUUCCAAAUUGUUUCAGAGUAUUCAGCGGAAGUUUGAUGGUAUAACUCGUGAUUCUGUCAGUUUCUUGGGAGAAGAUCUGCAGCGCAUUGGAUCAAAAUUUAGAAGUUCAUUAGAAGUGAUGCUUAUGUGCUCUGAAUGCCCAACAGUCUUCUUGGAUGCUGAAACUCUGCUUUCCUGUGGAUUACUAGAGACCUUGAAAUUCAGUGUACUUGAACUACAGGAGCAUCUUGAUACCUACCAUGUAAAACGAGAAGCAGCACAGCAGUGGCUAGACAAUUGCAAAAUGACAUUUGGGACUGGUGACGCCACAACAAGGGCUAACACAAAUGCACAGCAAAUGGAAAUUCUUGCAGAACUUGAACUUUGUCGGCGGCUGUACAAGCUCCAUUUCCAGCUACUGCUUUUGUUCCAGGCCUACUGCAAACUCAUCAGUCAGGUAGACAAGAUAAAAAAGGAAGAAGAGGUUAUAAACAUGUCUGAUGAACUAGCCCAGUUAGAGGCCAGCUUAAAGGAGGCCGAAUCUCUUUGUGCCAGCAACAGUGAAAUUAAUGAAAUCUUGGAUGCAUCACAAGCUACCACAGAAACUGCACUUCAUUCUCUUAUAGAGACCUUGAAAAACAAAGAUUUUGUGUUAGCAAUUGGACAAAUCAAGGCUUUCAGAUCUGUUUGGCCCAAUGACAUUUUUGGAAGCACAAAAGAUGAUCCCAUUCAGACCCUGCUUCACAUAUAUUUCCGCCAUCAAACAUUAGGCCAGACUGGAAGCUUUGCAGUUGUGGGUCCUAACCAUGACCUUUCUAAAGCCAGCUGUAAAUUGAUGGAACUAAAUUUGGAGAUUAGAGAGUCUAUACGCAUGGUGCAGUCUUACCAAGUUUUAGAAAAAAAUAAAGAAGGUUGAAGGCAUGGUAAGCACUGGGAUUUAAAUAAAAUAUCGUCCUUUAGAAAACAUUGUGAAGCUUUAACAUGCAUCAGAGUAAAAAGCACCUUUCGUUUUUGUGGAAAAUUGGGAAAUCCCACCAAUUUGGGCAUGGACUGUACAGCAAGAAGAAACGUGCUUCACAGGCUAAAUACUGAUUUUUUUAACUGACAACUGCUAAAAGUCAAUCUACAUGGAGGAAAUGAGAAUUUUCUGUGUAUAUGAAUUAUAUGUAUAUAUACCUGUGUGUUUGGACAGUGUCUUUGUAUAAUGUCAUUGUGUAUACACAAAGUACUUGAAAGCAUAAGGGCUACAAGGGAGUGCAUACGAGUGUGUCUUUCUUGAAGACAUAAUAUUCAUUGCAAUAAUGUCUAUAAAUUAUACAGGCUACGAGGAGCAGGUGGAAUGAUGCUAAAAUCAUAAGAAAUGGCUUUUGGCUGAAUGACCUACAAGGCUUCCUAGCCUCUUUGAAGUAAUAAAAAUAGUUAAUAAAUGCACAAUGCACCCAACUUCAUAAAGACUGCAGUCAAACAUAUGUUAGAGUGGCUUGCUGAGGCUGAAAAAAUGUUUAAUUUAUGAUGUUUUAUUUGUUUGAGAUUUUUCCUUUUCUCUAAGGAUAAUUUUGUGACAAGUGUGAGAUCGGGAAUGUAUGGUUAUGUGACUGCUGCAUUUUCAAUGCUAGGAUGUCUGUGGUUUAUAAGACCUAUUAAUGCAUGCCUGAAAUGGAGAACUGCAAGAAUAUUUUUUGGAGAAAUUUAUUUUUAUUAUAUCUUAACAGUUCAUAGUAUGUAAAUGAUAGGACAUGUAACAUAUUUUAAACUGGGCUUUUCCAGUGCUGUAAAAGAAGUAAUAUAUCUGUUAACUUUAUUGAUGUGCUGUUCAGUGGACAGGUGUUCUCUGAUCAGUGUGUCUUAUGUAAUUAAUUACCAACCAAAAAAAAGUUGCCUGAAGAGACUUUUAUAUACCUGUAAUAUCUAUACACAGCUCUAAGUGUAUCAUGAAUGGCUAUAUACACUUGUAUAUAGGUGGGCGUGUGUAUAUAUGUGUAUUGUAUUGCAGUUCAGCUUUGGUUAAAAAAAGUAACUUAUUUUAUUCUGUAAAUAUUUUGCAAACUGUAUAGUGUAAAACCAAGUACUUGUACAUUUGUGCAGUGCACUGUUACAUGAGAAUAUAUGUAUAUAGCUCAUAAAAAUGUUCUUAACUGUUAUUACUAGUAGAUAAAAGUGGUCUGACAUCCUUUGUGGUCUGAUAAUUUCACAAAAGAUCGACACAGGCUUCACUGUAUAUAACCUGCUUACUUCUAACACAAGAACUUGGGACCAGGCAUUGUUUUAGGGGUGGUAGGACUAAAACUUGUAAAUAAGGAAGUUACUUCAUGUAUAUGUCUAGCAGUAUACUGCUGAAAUUCUGCACCUGAAACUGAACUGGAUUCCUUUGACAUUUUUGGCAUCCUUUUGGAGAAACCAAUGAAUGUAAAACCAUCCAUGCGGCUGUUUGUAAAGAAUGGCCCUUCUGUAAUAUGCAGCUGUCCUAUCCACUGUGAUUUCCACUGGGCUCUGUGCUGUGGAGCAAAGAAUGUACUAAUUAAAUUCUUAGCUUUGCCUUUUUUGAGGGAGGGUGGCACCUAACAGAGAAUUAAUUUUGCUGAACUGCAUUAUUUAAGGCACUGUGCACACUCUUGGACUGCAAACAGUAGAUUACUCUACCUUAGAUGCUCUGUAAUCAGUUAUUGCACAUUAAUUAUCACUGUUAUUUUUCCAGAAAAAUGGAUUUUUGUUCUGUUAGCUGCGUGGUACUUUGGUUGGUGUUCUUAAAGAUUUAGGAAUAUAAUUAUUUACUAAAGAUACAUUAUUUUACUUAGAAGUGCAUUACACUUUAUUUUAUGUCAUCUCUGCUACCAGCCUUUGUUUAAAAAAAUAAAUAAAAUUACUGUAUAUAUUAUUA